UCAAGUGGGUGGGAUUCAAACUUCCUGUACUUAAACUUUUUCAAAAGCUUCUUCUUUCAAUUCCUUGAGAGCGUUUCCCACUGGUUUUCUCACCAUUGUUUGCUGCAGCUAAAGAACUCAAGACGUAAGUGAGUACUUUUUUCAAGAGUGUCUAACUUCAGCUGGGUUUGAACAUUUUGGAAUGCCCUUAAGGAGUUCAUACCCACCCAGGUACAACAUUGAAGACAUUUUGCAAACUAGAUAUGGCGUCUUCCAUGAAAACCCUGUUGAGUGAUGAAAGCCGGUAUUUGAAAUCAUUCAACUUGUUCCUGGAUCGCUCAACUGAACACAAGUGUAUGCAAGUAUUUAUUGAUGAGAUACUCCCAGGCGAACUAGCAAGCAUUGGAGAUGGAAAAUGCAGCUUUAAUGUUCUGGGUGUCGGAAGUGGAGCAGGUGCAGUUGAUCUCCAAAUGCUGUCUAAACUGCAGUUAAAAUACCCAGGAGCUUCUGUUAAUAAUGAAAUAGUGGAGCCCAGCAGUGAACAGAUCCACAACUACAAAGUAUUAGUUGCCAAGACCCCAAACCUUGAAAAUGUCUCCUUCAACUGGAAUAAGAUGACAUCAUCUGAGUAUGAGAACCAUGUGAAAGAGAACAAAGAAAACAAAACAUUUGACUUCAUUCAUAUGAUUCAGAUGCUUUACUAUGUGUCAGAUCCUGCUGCUACUAUCAAGUUCUUUCAUAGCCUGCUAGGACCUAAGGGAAAGCUCCUUAUCAUCCUUGUAUCAGGUACCAGUGGAUGGUCCCAUCUCUGGAAAACAUUUAAACACCAGCUGUGUUUUAAUGAAUUCAGCCAGUAUAUAACUACUCAAGACAUUAAAGAAUACCUUGACAGCACAGGGCUAAAAUACCAACACUAUGAUCUCCCAUCCUACCUGGACAUAACAGAGUGUUUUACGGAGGGGGACGAAAAAGGGGAGCUUUUGAUGGAUUUCCUCACAGAAACGUGCGAGUUCAAUAAAACAGCACCACCCGAUUUGAAAGCUAAAAUAAUGUCCUUUCUGCGCCAACCUGAGUGCACUACAGAGAAAGAUGGAAAGAUUAUUUUCAACAACACUCUGGGUGCAAUAAUGGUGGAACCAUAAAGUUGUAAUCAUGGUAGUCUUUCAAAAAGGUAUUAAUUAAAGGACAUACAGAUAAUUCAAUCCCAGUGUAUUGUUGUUUAAUGUAGUAUGAGGUAUCAAAAAAAUUAUAUUUUGUAGCAACUCAACUUUGUACAAUAUAUUCAACACAAUAUGGGUUAUGUAAACAUGUUAUGUACAUUCUCUAUUAUGAUUGUGCAUCUGUCAACUGCAAUCUGUGUACAGUGUAAUUUAUCCAGUAAUAUUAUAAUGUUCACUCUAAUACAUGGAAGGCAUAAAGUUCCUUGGGGUAUACAAAUGCAGUAGCUUAUCUAGCUGAAAGUGUGCUGUAUUUGGUUACUGACACAGUACAAGCCAUAGCCUAGUGAACACAAUAACGCAAUAAGGAAUGACCUGUAGGGGUACUGGUAAGUUGAGUAUUUUGAGUGGUUCAGUGCUAAAUAAGUGUUACAACAACACACUUUUGGACAUUGUUGUAUUGCGUUAUUGUUUUCCCUGUGGCUUGUUCUGUAGUUUAUGUAUGAUUAAAAAUAAAGACAAAAUAAACUGAUUGUUAUUACAUAUGAAUUCAUGUUAUAUGUAUUCAUAUUUCUCAUAUACCUAUGAUGCUGUAAUGUAUGUAUUUUACAGAAAAAUAAAACAAUGUAGUAGUAUUGAAAGUGCACAAUCCUGAAGAUAACUAACUUUUUUCGAAAUAUAUUUGUAAUGUUAAAUUAGCAGAUUAUUUUACCAGUGUGAAUGUGAAAUAGUAAUGAACUGCAAAGAGUGGUAUAUGUUUCCUUUGAUGUUUUUUGGACCCUUUUCUUUAAAAUAAACACAAACAUAUCAAGUA